AUGUGGAGGUCUUCUGGAAGCUCGUAUCGCGCUGGAGAGCCCACUUUCUUUCUCCAUGGACGGUCAGUCGCAAGGCUCCGAACCACUAACCACCAAAACGACAGGCUUAUCAACAACGACGAGGAAAUUCGUCGAUGGAUUGAGAUCGCUGACUGCGCCAAGACUUGGCUUGCUGCCGUGUCACGAUGGUCGCGUGUUGGCUUCGGCGUGCUCGCGUGCAGACAGAACUGCUGGAAUGUUCGCCUGAUGGAGCACAACAUCCGACGGCAAGGAAGAGAAGCCGUCGAGCUGAAACUGUCUCAGCAACAAACUGGCCUGCGCCCAGUGAUCCGUGAAAAGCGAUCUCUGUCCACGCUCGUAGUCGAUCGACUUGUCCUCUGGCAGCGAGAACACGGUUACCAGUCUCUGUUCGUGAACUGGUCCCAGAACUUUAAGACUAUCAAACUUUCUACACAAUCGGCUUAUCCCCAAACGUAA